UGGCAGCCGGGAGCGGGCCGGGGGCACGGGUUCCUGGGGCUGCUGUUCCCGGGUGCUAGGGCGCAGGGCCGAGGGAGGGCAGGGCACUCCGAGAGCCGAAGGUCUUCCGGAAGCGCCGCGUGCGCACGACGGACGGGAGUUGUGGCCUCGGGCCCGCCGCGCGCCUGACCCAGCCUCUCCGGGGGGCCCUCCCGGGGCGCGCUGCCCGGGGUUUCCAUAGUGAUGGUAAACAAGCCUUAACUGCCUCAGCUACAACUGCCAAGUCCCCCGCGUUCCACCCUCCUCUAGGUGCUCAGAGGGACGACCGAGGUGCCGGAUGUGAAGAAAAGCGGGGGCGUGGAGACUUGGACCCCGAGGACAGUUCGUUACCUGCCUGGAGUGUCUUCGACUGUGGGCAUCCCCCGCUGUUCUUUAAGCCACAAAAAGCCGCAUCCAAGUUUGUUUGACGUCUGCUCUGUCAAGUGUCCAUGAUGUUGGGCCCCGAGGGAGGUGAAGGCUUUGUAGUCAAGCUCCGUGGCCUGCCCUGGUCCUGCUCUGUUGAGGAUGUGCAGAAUUUCCUCUCCGACUGCACAAUUCAUGAUGGGGUCGCAGGCGUUCAUUUUAUCUACACUAGAGAAGGCAGGCAGAGUGGUGAGGCUUUUGUUGAACUUGAAUCAGAAGAUGAUGUAAAGAUGGCCCUUAAAAAAGACAGGGAAAGCAUGGGACAUCGGUACAUUGAGGUGUUCAAGUCCCACAGAACCGAGAUGGAUUGGGUGUUGAAGCAUAGUGGUCCAAACAGUGCUGAUACCGCCAAUGAUGGUUUCGUGCGACUUCGAGGACUCCCGUUUGGAUGCACCAAGGAAGAAAUCAUUCAGUUCUUCUCAGGGUUGGAAAUCGUGCCAAACGGGAUCACAUUGCCUGUGGACCCCGAGGGCAAGAUUACAGGGGAAGCCUUUGUGCAGUUUGCCUCACAGGAGUUAGCUGAGAAGGCUCUAGGGAAGCACAAGGAGAGAAUAGGGCACAGGUAUAUUGAGGUGUUCAAGAGCAGUCAGGAAGAGGUUAGGUCAUACUCGGAUCCCCCUCUGAAGUUCAUGUCAGUGCAGCGGCCGGGGCCCUAUGACCGGCCUGGCACAGCCAGGAGGUAUAUCGGCAUUGUCAAGCAAGCAGGCCUGGAGAGGAUGAGGUCUGGUGCCUACAGUGCAGGCUAUGGGGGCUAUGAGGAGUACAGUGGCCUCAGCGAUGGCUACGGCUUCACCACCGACAUGUUUGGAAGAGACCUCAGUUACUGUCUCUCUGGGAUGUAUGACCAAAGGUAUGGAGAUGGCGAGUUCACUGUCCAGAGCACCACUGGACACUGCGUCCACAUGAGGGGGCUGCCCUACAAAGCCACGGAGAACGACAUUUACAACUUCUUCUCUCCACUCAACCCAGUGAGAGUCCAUAUUGAGAUUGGCCCUGAUGGAAGAGUGACCGGCGAAGCUGAUGUCGAAUUUGCCACUCACGAAGAAGCUGUGGCGGCCAUGUCCAAAGACAGGGCCAACAUGCAGCACAGAUACAUAGAACUUUUCUUGAAUUCCACGACAGGGUCCAGCAACGGGGCAUAUAGCAGCCAGAUGAUUCAAGGCAUAGGGGUGUCAACCCAGUCCACUUACAGUGGCCUUGAGAGCCAGUCCGUGAGUGGCUGUUACGGGGCGGCUGGCUAUGGUGGCCAGAACAGCAUGAGUGGAUAUGACUAGUUUUGUAGUAGCUUUUGAGUUAUUUUCAAUCAAAUUUUCACAGGCAGCCAACAAGCAGUGAAAAGCAGUUAUUACUCUAGAGGAAGCUGUGGGACCCAUUUUGCACCAUGAGUUUGUAAAAUCUGGAUUAAAAAAUUACCUCUUCA